UCGGCGAAGUCCCCGCCUUGAGCCUCGUCUACCUCACAGACGCACCUUAUUGGCCCGAGGUCCUCCUCGCCGGCAACCUGGGCUGCCGGUGACUUCACAGCCUUCUUCCCUUGCGGCCGACGACCCAAGGCACCGGUGACCUUACUGACUUUCAUUUCAUUUUGGCCGGAAGCUUUUCCGGAGCAUCUCACCAUCAGCGGGCGGUGACGUCGUCGUAGUGUAAAGAACCACAAACAACUCCCCUUUUACCAUGAGGAGAGCUUCUUCCCGGAUUUCGCCAGACAUCGAGCAACCACCACGACGGAUUUAGAUUAAAUCCUGCUUAGAUCUUCAGUUAAAGUUAAAAUGCUGGCGCGAGAAAGCAACACAACCAGAUUGCGCCGAACUACGAUUUAGGGGUCCGUCUGAGUCCUCAGAUUUAGCAGGCUGGCUGCAUAGGAGAUGGCAAGAAGAGGAGAAGAAGAAGAGGAAGAGCACCAUCAAAAUCCUUUCCUCUCCAUCAGCUGUAGCAAGCCUUCCUCUUCAAAACUACAGUUCAGGAAGGAGGUUUCCAGGGCUCAAUGGGAUGAGAAGCUGGAAAUGGGAGAGGUUGUAGAAAAGAAAGGCAGCAUGUGGACGACCACUGGAAUUAUUAGAAAUGGAAAAAUUUAUUGCCACAUCGAGGAGAUCAUAUUUUUAGCCGAAAGAGGAGCUUUGCAUCUGCUUGACAGUGAUGAGAAGGUCCUUAGUAUAACUGAUCUGUAUAAAAAGAUCCCAGAAGGAAAACAUGCGUGCAGCUGGGAAAAUUUUGAGGCUUAUAGGCUCUUGAAGUCGCUCGGUUACAUUAUCGGGCGCCACGGAAUCCCUUGGACGAUGAACGAAAAUAAGAGCGUAAACUCAAAUAUAUCAACUGAUGAAACAAAUGAUAUAGAUAUGGAAUAUAAAAUUUCUACUUUGUUAAAAAGAAUGCAUAUUGAUGAAAUGAAGCCAACUUUUGAUGUUUAUCUGCCCAACAAGAGGUUCAAAAAAUCUUCUCCCGGGGUUCCCGUCUUUCUACUGUGUGUUCUCAAGGUGAAUCCACCUUCGAGGAAGGAGGUUGAAAGUUUUGAAAGAAGCAGUGGUGGAAUUCCCAUAAAGUUCUGUAUCGUCGAUUAUGGACAGGUUAGUUUCUUUUCAUUUGAGAAGGUGAAACUUCCUGUUUUACCAUGAACAAAUUGAAAAUUACUUGUUUAUUUAAAUGUGACCGUUUCAAAAUCCACUUUUAGAUAAUUAUAUUUACUGCUGUU